GAGACCUUCAGGGAGCGGAGGACAGCUGGUGCGGGUGGAGAAUCCAUCGGUGUGGUCCCUGGAGGGACGGAGCGAGCUCUGAGGCAGUGGGACCCGCGUCCGCACCAGCGCCUUGGUCAAUGGGUGUGGCGUGAGCUCGGGUUCCUAUCAGGACGUACGCCCGGUGUGCGGAUAACCUUGGGGAAGUCAUUUACCUCCUCUGCGCCCUGCUCCUUCUUUAGACUGAUUCCCAGGGGACGAGUAGGGAGAAUGAGCACACCAGAGCAGAAAUAGUGACGUGCUAGGGUUGUCUCGGGUUCGGUUACAGUUUUUCCUUUGAGGAAAAUGAGACACCCCCUCCCGUUCUCAUUUUUCCUUCAGGGCUGAGCCUUACCUUUGGAUGGGACUUACUUUCUUGGACUUGAUCUAUUUCUACCCCCAUUGCACCCCUAAUUGCCAACACUAUUCUCCCCAGAUUCUUAAAACUAGAAUGGGAGAUUAGGAAGCAAGGUGGACAAACACUCAACGUGUUUUCAAUCUGUAAAAUGGGGAGAAAUAAUGAUGGUACCUCCUGAAGAGCUGCCAUGUCCGGGAGUGUCUCAUCUUCCACAGAACCCAGCAGCAACAGCUAUGAAACCAAACCCACAAACCUCCGAAUGUCAGAGAAGAAAUGUUCAUGGGCCUCCUACAUGACCAACUCUCCAACUCUCAUUGUUAUGAUUGGCUUGCCAGCCCGGGGCAAAACCUACGUGUCCAAGAAAUUAACCCGCUACCUCAACUGGAUCGGGGUGCCCACUAAAGUGUUCAAUCUCGGGGUAUAUCGACGAGAAGCUGUGAAGUCCUACAAGUCCUAUGACUUCUUUCGGCACGACAAUGAGGAGGCCAUGAAGAUUCGAAGACAGUGUGCACUGGUGGCGCUGGAAGAUGUUAAGGCGUAUCUCACCGAGGAGAGUGGGCAGAUCGCGGUGUUUGAUGCCACCAAUACCACCCGGGAGAGAAGGGACAUGAUUUUGGACUUUGCCACGCAGAAUUCCUUUAAGGUAUUCUUUGUGGAAUCUGUCUGUGAUGAUCCUGAUGUCAUUGCUGCCAAUAUCCUGGAGGUAAAGGUGUCGAGCCCUGACUACCCCGAAAGGGACAGGGAGAAUGUGAUGGAGGACUUCCUGAAAAGAAUCGAGUGCUACAAAGUUACCUACCGACCCCUCGACCCCGACAACUAUGACAAGGAUCUUUCUUUCAUCAAAGUAAUAAAUGUGGGUCAGCGAUUUUUAGUUAACCGAGUCCAGGACUACAUCCAGAGCAAGAUAGUCUACUACCUCAUGAAUAUCCACGUCCAUCCUCGCACCAUUUACCUUUGCCGGCACGGAGAGAGCGAGUUCAAUCUCCUGGGGAAGAUAGGUGGCGACUCUGGGCUCUCCUUGCACGGAAAGCAGUUUUCUCAGGCUCUAAGGAAGUUUCUGGAAGCACAGGAGAUAGCAGACCUCAAAGUGUGGACAAGCCAGUUGAAGAGGACAAUCCAGACUGCCGAGUCUCUUGGAGUGACCUACGAGCAGUGGAAGAUUCUGAAUGAGAUCGAUGCUGGCGUGUGUGAGGAGAUGACGUAUGCUGAGAUCGAGAAGCAGUACCCAGAGGAGUUUGCACUCCGAGAUCAAGACAAGUAUCUGUAUCGCUACCCUGGUGGGGAGUCAUACCAGGACCUGGUGCAGCGCCUGGAGCCCGUCAUCAUGGAGCUGGAGCGGCAGGGCAAUGUCCUAGUCAUCUCCCACCAAGCUGUCAUGCGCUGCCUCCUGGCCUACUUCCUGGAUAAGGGUGCAGAUGAGCUUCCAUACCUGAGGUGCCCUCUGCACACCAUCUUCAAACUCACUCCCGUGGCCUAUGGGUGCAAAGUGGAAACAGUUAACCUCAACGUGGAAGCUGUGAACACGCACCGCGACAAGCCCGCCAGCAACUUCCCCAAGAGCCAAACCCCUGUAAGGAUGAGAAGGAACAGCUUUACGCCUCUGUCCAGUUCGAAUACAGUAAGGCGUCCGAGAAAUUACAGUGUUGGGAGCCAUCCCCUCAAGCCUCUCAGCCCUCUCCAUGCCCUGGACAUGCAAGAUGGGGCCGACCAGCCGAAGACCCAAGUCAGCAUCCCGGUGGUGUAACUGUGUGUGUCCCUCCAGCCCUGGCCUCCUGUCCUUGCUACUAAUCGCCAAGGAGUCGUUUAACUUCAGCACACGCCCACCUCCACUCUCACAACUUCGCGUUAACCUUAGCACAGAGUGUGAGAUGCUGUGUGAUCAGACCGCUAGGUAUUCUCCAGUUUGAAACAUUUCACCCAGAAGCAAGAGGGCCAGUUGGGCCUUGUAGGGCAGGCGGGCUGGAGGUGGAGGGAAAGGGUACGCACUCCCUUGCACCUUUGUUCUUCUCUCUGUUCCUUGUGUCUAAACUCACUCAUACCUGGUUUUUUUUUUUCCUUUUUUUUUUGUACCCGGGAUUGAACUCGGGACCUUGCACUUUCGAGGUAGGCGGCAGAACCACUGAGCUAAAUCCCCGGCCAUACCUGGUUUUUGGUAAAGUAGGGAGCAGUAAUGAGUGGAGGGAGACACAAAUGCCCACAUGCCCUUCACCUUUAUCUCUUCGAUGUGCUUUACUCCCUUGACUUUCUCCCCCUUCCACCUGGCCUUGGCCUCGUGCUGUGUAACACUUGGCACGGUGGUAUCUGCGAGGAAAGCAGGGCUGGUGGGGAGAAGCCCAGGCCCCGUGGACACCCUCUGCAGUGGACGCAUGUGGAUCUGGACUGGGAGCUCUUUCCUUUCCCUUCUCCCUUCCUCUCCCGCCAGGUCCUGCCAGGCUCAGCCCAGGCUGCAGAACAUCCAGAGUUGACCGAGGGUGAGCGUUCUUGCCUCUUUUCAAGAGACACAAUCACAAGUUUUUGACACCGUGGGUGCAGCUGGCUCUGAGGAUGUGGGAAGUGUCUUGGUUUCUGUCCACGUGCGGAGGGCUCUUUGGCAGGCAGUGAAGCGGCAGGGGCCUCCAUUCAGUCAGAUAUUUUACCCACAGUUUGGUCCUUUGCCAAUUGCUGCAAGUCUCCUGCCAGAGCCUGUGACCAUGGACUGUUUAGAGGAUGGAACUAGAUUUAGGAGUCACAGCUGAUACCUGAAGACCUCAAGGCAAAGGGUAGAGCAAAGUUCACUAACUCUGCUCAUUAUUUUCCAGUGCUUUUCCACACACUCUCCUGAAGUUAGUUUUUUUGACAUGAGCAAGUGUUUUUUUCUCCAAACAUGGCCAACUUUUGGUGAAUUUAGUCUCUCUUGUUGGGCUACUCUUAGUGGAUAAAGAGAAACAAUCCCAUCAUCCUGUCCUCAUAGUGAUCUAUUCAUUUGUCAUCUCAUCUUCUUUAUAGGGUUAUAUGGGUCCUGCGUAAAGGACUUUUUAGCCCCUUGGGUUCCCCUUUUCUCAAUUUUGGAUACAAAAUUUAUGAAUGAACACACAGAGUUCUCAUGAGAUUUUUAGGUGAGGUCUGUGAGUCCCUACCUGUCCACUAGGUAAGUCUUUUAGAGGCAACUAAUGAGAGCAGUUAGCUAUUUUCCAAGGAUCUUUUGUUUUGCAACAGGAAACCUUUCAUCGUGGUUCUCAGGAGCAUCCCUUAAAUCUCCUGUGGAUCUGAAACACACAUGUACUGUGCCCAGCUCCAUCUGAGUUGGGCUGAAUCCUGACUGCGCAUCUCUGGGCUCCUGUCUGGACAUGUGUGUGCUUAAAGAGCUUCCCUCGUGAUUCUGAUCCAUGUUGCAGGUUAACUCCACCUUAGGCAGUGCGGCAGCAAAAUGCCAGGGUAGGAGUUUCUUGCGCAAAGCAUGGACCUUGGAGUUCUGCAUUCUUGGUUUUGAAAAGAGUUCUCAAGUUAGGUGUUGAAGCACAUCCCAGCAUCAAAGCAGGUACAUCCCUCGAGGGCAGGCUGCUGCGUUUGAAAGGCUCAUUCUCAGCUCUCCUCCCAUCAUUUCCCCUUCCCAUUGUGGGUGAUGUGGAACAAAUCGCUAAAUUCAACAGAUGUCACUGGAUAGAGGCUAGUUACUCUAAGGACCCUGCCGAGAGGCACCGAGGUAGAAGCUGUAGGAUGAUGAAGCUGUCAUCACAGACAGCUCAUCUUGCCCUUAUGUUUGCUGAGACUCUUCGAAAUUGUGUUCAAGACAUAUAGUAACCUGCUGUUCCUGUUAAGCCGCUGCACAGUGUCUUGAGUAGUGUCUUUGUGCAGCUUUGGGCUGGAUACAGGGAGGACACACAGAAGUAGAAGAAAAGGUCCUGGCCCCAGAGAAGGUUAUUGUAAGAGACAGCAUGCAGUUUACUUGUACAUGUACCUAAGAGCAAUGCUGCAAGUCUGGAAGUACGGACCCUGCUGUGGAGUACAGACUCCAUCCCCAGAGUGUUGUCUUGUCCUAUGGCUAUGAGACCAACAGGGUUGGGGAGUGUGUCCCUCCCCAUGUGGCCUGGGAGGUACACGUAGCACUUGUGUGGCUGCACUUGGGUGUUGGCAGCUCUGGCCCAAACGAAUGUUCAGUCUUUUUCCGGAGUGAGGUGAGAGCAUUCAGAGCUAAUGGGCGAGAAAGAGAACUUUGAUCCAGAGAUAUGGGAUUUAGGCUGCAGCUUCUCUUAGCAAGAGAGGCCCUCUCUGACCAAGCAGCAUUGUUAGCCUGUCUCAAACGCCACCGUCAGAGACAGGCCUCCGCAUGUUCAUUCUGGCUCUGCUGCCUUUAUUCUCUAUUUUCCCUGUGCUCAUUUGCUUCCUUCAGAAGAGGAGCUGGGUGAUCAUCUUAUCCUCUGGACCGGAGAAACUGGAAUUUGAGCACACCAAAAGCUUCUGCUUCCUUCAGUUUUUAGAGCAAGAUCCCUUUAGAGAAGCUUAGUGGGAAGAAGCCCGGAGAACAGAGUCGAAUAGAGCUCUAAGUCUAGAUUUCAGAGAAGUUCUGUUUCCCGUCUUUUAUGCUCUGUCCUUCUGUCCCCUUGUUACUUGAAGGUAUUUUGGUAGUAGACGCAUUACUUGGCUUGUGUCUGUGUCACAAACCCUGAAAGAAGGGGUGUCCACCUGAGCACCCUUCGCAGAAGCUGUAAGUUUUGUCAUGGGGGAAAUGGGUGAGGGCUACUGGUAUAAAAUGGAGAAAAGAAAAUCACAAUAUAUUCUCUUUUCUUUUCCUUGCCUCAAAAGUGAAUGAGGAAGCCUGAGACAGAUCUGAAAGAGGACUCUCAAACAAAUGUAUUAGAGAAUCCCUGUCUGUUUUUAUCUCCAAUUUUUAAAUUGGGAUUUAGCUCUUAUUGGUAUUGUCUUUUGUUUUAUUUUGGUAAAGGGAUAUCUUUACAUUGAGUUGGAAAGUAGAAUAAGAAGAUCCUGUAGAAACAUGCUUUGUGCUGUGGAUCCACCCUGAAUCUUUGCCUCUGGUUUCCAUUGUUUCCUCAGAUGUUAGAGUUGGGAUGCAGUUUAUUUGUACUCUUGGACUGAAUGGUUGAAUAUUUUGGCAGGGAUCUGGGUAAUCCCCUUUGCAAUCCACUUUUGAUCUUCAAACUUGGGCAUUUGAAGAAACGCAAGCAAUUACUUUUAGAAAUAAGUCCACCCGGAGGGCCAAGAUCUGGGUUCAGAGAAACUCAGUGGUGCGUGUGGUGGCCGAUAAACACAGGAAGUACGCCCAAGUUGGGGCAGCGUGAACCUGGGUGAAGGAAUCUCAUGCACAUUCCAUUGUCCUGGCCGAGCCCGGAAGCCAGGCUGGAUUUGUUGUUAAGAAGUUUGUUAGAUUCACUCAGCUUUUCUUGUAUGCCUUUUGAGACUUGUCUGUGUUUUAAAAUAUUUGUAUUUUUAAAAUUUAUGAUUGAGUCAGGUUGCAACAUCAACUAGAUUCUUUGACUUUCCCUAGAGGUGACAGACGUUGGAAGUGUGUUCAGGAAUUGCAUUUAAACUCAUAGUGUCCCGAGAACUGCCUCUGGAGGGUCUGCACACCGACAGUCUCCUGCUUUCUCGUUGUACUGAGUGAUGGUCUAUGUACAUUACUGUAAUUCUCUGUCUGUCUGAACACUCCACCCUUUUUCUUUAUGGAGAAGCUCUGUGCACUACGAUCUUUCUUGUAUAGCAGGAGCCCAAUUCUCUUGGCUCUAUAAAAGAUGUCAGUUGCGCAUCACGUGUGUGGUAUUUUGUGAGCUCAGCUAAGGGAAUGCCUGUUCAGAGCCUGAAGGUGCGACCUCUGACCUCUACUUGAAGUCACCUUAUCCCAUCCCCUGCUUCCGGGCAGGGCUUCACUUUCACCACCCGUUUCUGAACCUUGUGUCCCGCCCUUACCCUCUGAGGCAGUGUACUGUGCUAUUGGAGAGUGCUGCUGUUUUUAGCCUGCCAUGUAUUUGGCUUUUAUUCCUCAUCUAAGAAGUAAAAAUGCAAAGGAAAUGUUAUUUUCAAAGACUGAUUUUAAAAGCGGGCACAAGUAUCCUUUCCGCUGACCUCCACUGGACAUCCCCGGCCAGCAUUUACCUCCUUAGGGUUUUGUGUCUGAAUUGCUUGUAUACAUUUUUUGAAACAUUGAAGUAACAUGAUCAACUUGUUGUGACAUGGUGAAGGUUUUCUAUACCAGAAGCACAGGGCUGAUUGUGAAUAGUGCCUUUGGAGGGGACUGGAGUGGUUUGGAUAGAAAUGGCUGGGUUGGGAAGCUUGGGAACAGAGCUCGACUACAGAUUUUCUGGACAUGGUUCUGUUGAAAGUAGGAGGAUAAGUCUUCAACAGAAUUCAUAUUUUAUCAGUCUAUGACACAGACAACAAAAUAUUUCACUCAGAUCUACCUGUGGUGUGUAUAACUGUAUUUGAAAUGUGUUUGGGUGUGUGUAUGUGUAGAAUGGGCAAAUAAAAUUGUUGAGCAACUUGAACCUAC